UCUAGUGGCUGAGAUCAACCCAAAACCACUGGUGCUUCUUCUUCGUCUCCCUCCUCUCAUCUUCGCGCGCGUAGCUUCUUCACACCAUCGAAAAAUGCCAGUAUCAGCUCCGUCUCCGCCUCGCCUUCAAUCUCCGUUCAUCCACCGUCCAAUCAAUGCCACUCCGUCUUCUUCCCGUUCACUCUCCGCGAGGAAUCUCCGUUCGCCGUCACCGUCUUCUUAUCCGCGAAUCAAAUCAGAAGUCGACACGAACACGGUAAUCGCAAUCUCCGUAGGCGUGGCGAGCGUCGCGUUGGGAAUCGGAAUCCCUGUCUUCUACGAGACGCAGAUCGAUAACGCCGCUAAGAGAGAGAACACUCAGCCUUGUUUUCCUUGCAAUGGCACUGGAGCUCAGAAGUGCAGGUUGUGUGUGGGAAGUGGGAACGUGACGGUAGAGCUUGGUGGAGGAGAGAAGGAAGUGUCGAGCUGUAUCAAUUGUGAUGGUGCUGGUUCCUUGACCUGCACUACUUGUCAAGGCUCUGGUGUUCAACCUCGAUACCUUGAUCGAAGGGAGUUCAAGGAUGAUGACUAGACAUCAAAGAGUCUCUUCUCCUCCCUUUUUUCAUUGUGUGUCUAAAUUUUGUACAAUACUAUAUUUUUUUGUUCACCAAGUGUGUAAGAAAGCAUAACCUUGUAACAGUUGAAGGAGCAAGUUUCCUGCACUUAACUUGCAACCAUGUCAAGCGUAACUUGUUGUUAGCUUUAAGAAAAGAGAUAAAUGUCUCUCUCUAA